AUGACUGUUCCUGAUCUUGUCUGUAGUAAAAAUAAUAGGUUCUCAUCUAAUUCUUGUGUAACUGAGGAAAGCAUUGACUCUGUUACUUUAAUGACACCAUUAGACGCAUCACCUUUACCACCACCUUUUAAUGCAGUUCCUAUUAUCAAUAUUGUAAACGAUGAUCCCUUUCCCAACUCAACUAAUUAUCCAGCUAUUGCUUCUGCAUAUUAUAAUAGACAUCGUGCACAGACCUCUUCUCCUCUUCCAACAGAACCUAUUCAACAACAAACGCUGCUUCAACCAUCCUCAUCCAUUUCUAUACCUAUUGAUGACACUAAAGUAAAGAAACCAAAAAUGUCUAAAAUGACAAGGCUUUGGCCCAAGAUUAAAUACAUGAUGGUCAAUUCAUCUUCUUCUUCAAAUAAAGUUCAUACUGAUAAUAAAUUUAAACAAUUAUUUGAUUCUAUGAAUAUAUCCUCGUCCACUCGACAAAAAAUCUACAAUAAAAGGACAUCUUCAACUAAUAACAAACGUUGGCGGCUUCUUGGUAGAAAGAAUAAAUCUCGUAUAGAUCCUCAACAAUAA